AUGUAUAAACUAGCAACAGUACUUUUAACUAUAAUUUACGCAGUCUUGUCAGCCGAAAUUCCGUCGUCAUAUACAUUGCUAGAAAAGCAAUCCACAUUCAAACCGACUCUCGAAAAUGAACCCAUCGAUACUCAUCAAGUUUUUAAUAAACAAACAAAACAAGAGAAAGAACAUCAUCCGGUUUAUAGAGCUGACGAUUACAAGAACGAAGGACGAGCGAGGAUAGAGCCAGUAAGGUCUCAUGGAGCAAUAAUAAAACAUGAUAUGCUGGCUGAUGAACCUGUUUCAGUGACUGAAGUUAACAGAGUUGACAACCUGCCGUUACCUGAAUACGGUUACGCUCCAGUUGAAGUAGCCUAUCCAGAUAUUCCAUACGCCCCUGGCUACGGUUAUGGUACUGGAUAUGAUAUAUAUGGAAACAGCCUCAGCGAUUACCUUCUGGAGCCUGAUACUUCUACUUUAGGACUUCUCUGGAGUCAAGUGCCCGAUUCUAGAACAAUAGUUCAUUUCAUGGGUAGAACUAUUGGAUGGAUUUUCAACAGUAUCUUUGUACUCUUCAUCGGGACACUUCUCACUAUAGGAGUUUGUUCUUAUACCGAUCUUUGUACGAUUACGUUCCAAGGAGUCGGACCUAUACAUGAAGAAAUGAGGUCCUUCAUUACUCCUGAACGUUUGGAAAAGAUCAGCACUGCUGCCAACUUUGUGAAGACUGCUAUAGAUAAAUACCAGAAGAUACAGAAAGUAACCGAAACGAGUGCAAGAAAACGUCGUGCUGUCUUUUUCUAA